AAUGCAUCCACUGGGGGUAGCUGCUCCGCUGCUGGCUCUGCUGGCGGCGAACGGCACUACGGUGCUCGACUGUGUCUGCGUUGCCGCCUCCAGAUACGACGUGAACUACGGUGAACGCUGGAUAUAUAACGCCUACUGUAGCGAUUUCAGACACACUAAAGUGGUGAUAGCCCACAAGACCCUCCAGCAUCGGUCUAUCCCGGAGCGUGCCAUGCUUCGCCUGAUAACGAGCUGGACGCUGGGGGGCUGGAGGCUCGGGUACGAGGGGUGUGACGACGGCCUGGCUGCUAUCGCCGGCCUCACUAACGCCACGGCCAACGACCAGCUCGCUAUGGACCUCGCGUGCUUCGUCGCUGCCGACUGCAUCGACUCCUGCUCUGCGUCGGGGUCUAACAUCACGGAUUGGAACGUGGCAACGCUGACCUCGGACGAUCAGAGGCGUCCUGUCCUCUCCAAAUUACUGCGCACCCUUCGGCACAUCACAAAAGCCAUAUACCUACGCAGAAAAUGCGCCGGGCGCCAAAAAUGGAAUUUUCUCGAGCGGUACAUGAACAAAACAGAACUGGAGGCCGAGGUGCCCGUCUACCUGGAACACGUCUCCAGCUACUCACGGAAUGUUUCCCAGUUGCUCUCACAUGGUGUGAGGCAUAUAUCAGCAGCUUUGGUUCCGUUUGCAUUCGACAUCAUGGAUACGCACCCGAAUGAUGAGCUACUCAGUACCUGGAUUAAUCACGCGGAGCAUAUGAGGGACAUGCUACACACGAAAUUAAGGGGUUGGGUACAGGAUAUGCAAUACGUCAGCGAGCAGACAGCGAAUUACAAGGUGGAAGAAGACAAGGAGUCGGCUGGGAAGUAUAUAGUAAGGCGAGGAGUGGCAGCUGGAGGACAAAAGCAACGCUACACUGUCCGUGGACACUGGCUGCAUGCAGCUGUUGGCCAACGCCCUGGACCACCCCACGUGCCCACUGGAAGACCUGCCUCCGGAAACCACUAAGCGGCG